GCGCUUGCGCAUAACGCGUUUGGGGCUAGGGACCAGGGAUCGGAGACACGGAAACGCCUAACCCUGAGGCUCUCGCACCGCGCCCGGCUGACAGGGGCUAACGAGGGACCACUCAAGGCCCGGCCAGAAAAGUGGCAGCGGUCGCGUCUUCUGGACCGCGUGCACUGUUCAUUUGCAUCAUCGUCGCCCAUCCAGACAACCUCCCUGCCGCACGUUUCUCGGGCUGCCCGAGCUCACUUCCGUUUCCAAGCCAGCGUCACCCACCAACCGCGAUACGACCGACAACUGUGAUGACAGUUACUGGCGGCAUUUCGAUCUUGUUGCCCCUCAUCCCUUGUCAGCCAUAAGCGCGUUUGUUGUCGCCUGCACCGCCCUCACCAGCAACGUUUUGCCCACAAUGAGCUCGAGAAAGCGCAACCUGCGCGAGGCAAACAUCGCGUCUCCGCACGAGACCCAGGAGGAAUCCUUGAUACACCAGCUCAGAAACUCGUUCUACUUCGCAAACCUGUACCAAUGGAUCUGCAUAUUCGGCAAGGUGGUCAAGAUCGACGACAAUCUCGACAUCGAGGAUCUCGAGACCGAAUGUCUGAAGCCCGGCUCGAUGGCCCUGCAAGAUAUUGGCCUCUCCAUGCUGAAGCACCUCUCGUCGCACCGCGGGCUGACACACGAGCUCUUUGACGAAUAUACACGACGACAAUUCGCUGCAAAAAUGCCAAACAAGAAGAACCCUUUCGGAGAAGGAGAGGUCACCAAAAAAUUUGCAGACUUCGAUCUAUUCAAGAAACUUCGCACGCUAUGGCAAAUGACACAGCUCAUUAUGAUGAAACCCGAGACUAUUCGACCCAACAUGGACGAGCAACGAGUCGAUGACCAGACUGGCUGGAGAAUCGAGCCGUACGGAUGGGACCGCAAAGAUCGCGAAUACUACGUGUUGGACGACAACCGAAUGUACCGUCUCACGGCCGCUGCCCCCCCUGCGGCUCCUCCCAAGAAAAACUCCCAGAAGGCCAGAGCAGCAGCCCGCGCCGCCAAGCGCAGACGUCUUGUGGCUUCUGCAGAUGACACAAGCAACAACGGCGACGACGACACGGCCAGCGUUUCCGAAAUCAACGAACAGAAUGAUCACGUCGACGAAGAUCCCAUGGGCGGGGCUACGUGGGAGUGCAUCGCCAUCACCCUUGACGAGGUUCGCAGAUGUAUCGAGCCGUUCAAAAAGACGAAGGACCCCAAUGAGAGGAUCUUGCGGGAGCAGAUCGAGGGACACCUCGUGCCCAUACUUGAGAAGCAAGAAGAGUCUCGGAAGCGCAAGAUGAUACAGCGAGAAAAGGAGCUCCUGAGCCUGCAGAAGAUGGCUCACGCGAAGAGAUCAAGUCGCCUGGCCGGCAAGGCCGAGCAGCGCAGACAUGAAGAGGUUGAGCGCGAAGAGCGCGAGAAGCGCCAGGCGGAGGAGGCGGCUGCCCGCAAGGCUGAAGAGGAGAGGAUCAAGAUGGAGAAGGAGCGUGGCCAUCGGAUGAUGUCCAGAGAGCAGCGGGUUCGUGACCGCGAGGCCCGACGCAUCCAGCACGAGGAAGAGCUGGCUCAGCUCUCAGAGGGAAGCAAGGGUCCUGAAGCCGGACGCCUGUCUGAGCGUCGCCUGAAGGCGGAAAUCGAGAAAAAUAAGCAGGCACUCAAGGAGUUGGAAGAGGAGGAGGAGGAGUGGACCUUCGACUGCGUCUGUGGCCUGCAUGGGCAGGUCGAUGAUGGCGAGCACUCGGUUGCCUGCGAGCGAUGCAAUGUCUGGCUGCAUAGUAAGUGUCUCGGCAUUGCUGAGGAGGAAGCAGAGCGAGACGAUUUCCACUUCAUCUGCAGCCACUGCCAGCAAACCGAGCGAGAGAGGAAGGAGAAGCAACAACAGCAGAAGCACCCGCAAAAGAUCAAGGUCAAGACUAAGGAGCCGUCCUCGACUACCUCAACGCCCGGCGCCAAACUCAUUUCUACGACGCCAAUUCCGCUGCCGCAGAUACCGGGCAUGAACUCGAACCCUCACACCGACGUCAGGUCGAAGCAAUCUCCACACACCGGUGGAGCACAGCUGAAUGGGGUGUCGCUGCCUUCCGCCAGCGCUUCUACCAUCGCGAAACCUCCAGAGCCAUCUCCACAGAAGCACUCUUCGCCUCCAGCCGACAGCGCUACUGCCGCACAGACGUCUUCAACUGCGCUUCCUCAGCCGCCGUGGGCGUUGCCUGCGCGGAAGUUGUCGCUCAACGGGGUGGCGCACAACCCCUUUUCCUCACCACACCCAAGUCUACUGCCUCCAGACCAGUCACCCAACAAGUCUCGUGCUUAUGGCAGCAUUUUCAACUCAUCCAGCCCAGCGGCCCAGAAAGAGCUAGACACGGACCUAUCACUUGGCGAUCGCCCGGUCCUACAUCCGACCGCAAACGGUGCCGUGCCUAGUUCCGGGACGCCUUCCAAGGGAACAAAGGAGCUCUUAACUGCUUCCCCACAAAAGCCGUCACAGACUCCACUGAGCUCCGCGAGCAACUCAAAAGUCCUGGAUCAGGUGUUGUCCUCACCAACAUCAAUGACAACGCCACGGCUGAGCCCCAGUCGCCCAGAGGACAGUGAUCCCCUUCCGCCCUCCCGCGGCGGACUGUCUCCUACAAAGAACUCCCCAUCCCUGUCGGCCGUCAAGUCCAGCCCGGCAAAUGCUCGGCUGCCACCCGUCGAAUCGCUGUCACCCUCGCCCCAGCAGGUGGAUUUGACGCCUCCUGUCAAGCAUGAUGGUGAGCGUUCUCGCCCCGUGUCGCAGCAUGGCACGGGGGCUUCGUGAUUCUUGGUGGCUGUUGUGUGCCACACGCUAGCUUCGAAGCUCUGCCGCGUAUUUACCCAGGAAUUCAAACGAGAGAUUAGCAAGCCUGUUACCAGCUGGGUCGAUGAAUUGGCACAGAUGAAGGGGCCACUUGCCUGCCUCGUUCCCUCUAGAUGGGAUUACAUGUAGCAAGUGACCAGUGAGAAUUGGAUAGCUCGGUGCGCCUGGAGAUGAGAUGGCGCUCGUGAAAAGCCUGGAAUUGGUGGUCCCUGGCGCAGAGCAGGAGCAUAUCGGGGCCGAGAUUUCGGACAAGUCAUGAUUGGUUCAGGAAAGAUACCAGUAUAGAGGUCAUGAACACAUCACGAGCUUAGAUUUAGACGGUAGUCCAGCAUCUCAUAAACAAAUCAAGCAAGCAUGAUAUUCAUCCGGAUGACGGUGCCAAGUUUAGCAAUCUCAGCUCUCCAUGCUCAGCAACCGAAGAUCUACUACUUGUAUUUUCUUCUCUGUGCGCCCCCAAAAGCGCCUCGCAGGUUUUGCCCACCUCGGAAUGCGCUCGUGACCGUGUACGGCUGCACGUAUGAAGUGUCGUCGACACGCGUGCGCGCGAUGAGAGCAAGGACGGAGCAGAACAACAAGCUCCCAUCGCAAAAGCUUCGUGAUGAGACUUGCACAAUAUCGGCAACAAUGCCAAGGCGCCGCCUCAAAGCUCGGCCGUAGUCCAUCCCAGCCUGGACAUCAGCUUACUAGUCAACCGCUCGAUUCGGCGGUCCUCAGCCAUCGCAAACCCCCAAGCCACCACACCGAGCCCCGGGCCGGGAUCUAGACGGCAAUCUCCAUAUAGUGAUCGGUGGCGGCCAGCCACACCGCACGAGAGAGGGCUAGGUUGGUCACCCGGCGCCAUGGGAAACAGCCUCGUCGAUCCACCACGACCUGGCCUCAACCGUUCGUUCCCCUCUCACCAACCUCACGCUUACAAAUCAAACGACUCCAAGAUAUCGAGGAUCUCGGCUCAGGCGCUUCCCGGACUUGGUUCCUCUGUCUGCCCGUUCCGCCUCAAAUCACACAAUCCCCUAUACAUUGGUGAGGCGGACAUUGAACGAAUGACGCAAAGGCACGUGGGAGACCCUGCUCGUCCACCAUCAAUCACCCUGCGACACAUCUCAUCCCUCUCAUCUCAGAUACACACAACACAGGAACAAAGAGGUGACAGAUGAAACUCGUCCCGUCAGGUGACAGCUCUCACCGACUACUUUCGGGCUGUCAUCAUUCUCCUGCUGCUCGCUGUCACCGACUGUCAUAAUAAAAAAAAAGGAAAAAAGAAAAGAGAGGCGCCGCCGCACACGGCGUCUAGAAUCAACUGGCAUCAGCGCCCGAGAGCGCCACCUUUCCUGUCAUCGAUCGUGAAAGUGAAAAAAAAAAAAGAUGGCAAUCUGCAAAUCAGAUAGAUAACCCCUGUGGGAGGGUCCCACCAUCUCAAAAGUUUCCGUCUCUCCUCCCGCCCAGGGUUCCCAUGUGAUGCGAUUCUGAUCUGAUGACCAGAUGAACCCUGUUCUUUUGUAGUGUCAAGCUCAAGCCUGUCCAUCCCGGGCGGCAAGCAAGCAAGCAAUGUCAGGUUUUAUUUUCGGGCCUGACGUUGCGAACGGGCCUGAUCGCCUGGUUGGUAACUUGAUGAAGAGAUAGCUAGAUACGAGUUAUAUGCCCCAGAAGGGACAUUGCAUGACAUCGCGAGUCGACUCAACAAGGACAGACAGUCUCGCGGUCUGACUCGGGUGCGAGGCCCGAUCAACGACGGCCAGCUGGGGCACGGGGGGUGGGGGACCAUAGGAAGGAGACUAAAUACAAGGCUCACGGGCCGUGGCCGACAGCUGACGAAAAGAGGUUGGCGGGGGUGGGCAGAGGAGGGAAAGUGCUCCCACCCCAUGAGCAAGUGCUUGGACCCGUAGGUCAGGCAGAGGACGCCAGGCCCGACUCAUCCAGAGAGAGGCCAUUCCAGACCCACACGCUAUGUGACUCGUCGGAGAGCAUCUCACUAGCCGUAUGGACACACGCCCCGCGUGGUACGAACCGUUGGUCAGAGCGCAUAGGAAGGAGGCUGGAGACUGAGCUGAGACAGCUGGGAACGCGGACAUGUGCGGCGAACGCCUGGGGAAGAGACACAGGCACGAGCGGACAGGGGAUGGGAGUAUGGAAGCAAGAAGAGAGACACUUUUGGCCCACGUUUUGUUGGUUAGAGCGUGAUGGUCAUGGUGAUGCGUUUGUGGUGGGUUGGAUGCCCCGGGGGUUGGUCUCGAGGUGUGUGUGGAACCACAUCGGGUUGGUUGUGAGACAACAAGAUAGCUAGACAAGCGGUUGAGGCGGCUAUGUCUUGUCCAGCCGACGGGGACAGAGGGUACGUAUACGGCAAGCAACGGGAGACGAAGAAACGGACAUAUUGGUGCGGCGUGGUCGAGAAAUGAUCAUAGAUUUCUUUGGCAACAGAGAUAGCCCCAGAGCCAUCUCGCGGCCCAUCUCGAGAAUCUUUGAUCGUCUGCUCGUUAGGGGCCUUUGAUAUUGGCUAGUGACGGCGGUGAUGGAGGAGGUUGUGCGAGAGCCUUUGACGCUCGACUCGCUUGACACGAUCGACGUUGUUCUGUGACCCAGAGCGCAUCCUUUGAAGGCCUCUUUAUCCUGAGAUGAAAGCAAAGCACGCAUGUAUAAAGGUGCAGGGCAAUCAACUGUGAGGCCCGUCUGGGGCAUCGCGAGAAACGUAGGACCACCACCACACCGGCAUUUCUGCGACUAGCAGCAGCAGCGGUGCAUUCCAAGCACAGCCAGAGGAGAGGGAGAGACCCGCACAUCGCCUGCAGGGGACUUGGGCCAAUCCGUUCUCCUGCCUAGCCCAAGCUUGGACUGAAGCAAAGAUGGCGAUGGACUCAGCCAACGCCAUGAUGAGCAACUUACCUCGCCUUACCUGCCCUACCGUCCGCAUCGGCGGCUCCCGGGCGAGUGCGAGCAACCCCGUCCAGCCUGCCCGAGCAUGAUGAAUCAAUCAGGUCAGUCUCCUCCCACUUUCCUCCCCGCCACUAGACUCCUGCUCCUCCUCCGUCCUGUGCGACUGCUGUUCAAACAGACCGGCGCUAAUGCAGCCACCCGUUAAGGCGUGCAGGGAUGCAGCUGUCUGGUCCAGCACAACAGUGGCCAUCUGCAGGUCCAGGCCGCAGCUUGCAGCUGAACGAACACCGCUCCAUGAGGGGACGCAUCUGCGAAACAGCUUCCCAAACCACCAUAGCACAGCAGCCUGUGCGGCCUAGCCUGACACUUGACAGCCUUGUGCCGCUCGACUGUUCGGGACGGCAGAGAGAUUGAGCUGCCAAGAGGGCGAUAAGGCGGAUGUCGCGGCGGAACGGUGGAUCGGAUGGGAGGAAAGCGACGGCGCACCCCCGGACCGCAUUUAGGAUUACCAGGCCGUUGCAACUAGCUCACUGCCCCCUGAUCUCAAAGGAAUGCGGGAGAGGCUCGCCUGUGCGGCCAAUCACGGCCCAGGGACGCUUCCGGCAACCAACCAGUGCCACACGGUGGCUCAUUCCAACAGACAACAGCGAGCAUGAGGCAAGCUGCGGGUGUCUCAGGUACCAUCUUGCAGCCAGGCACGCUGUUCAGGUACCGCUAUGCCUGGCUCCUCUCGUCUCCAGCGGCGGAUGCCCGGCUCUGUUGGUGCUGACGCGAGUUGAACCUGACCUGGAAUGGAAAGGAUAGAAUGGCAACGAGCCUGCUCAGGUGGUUACACCCGUGCCCCAAGGACCAACUCGAGUCUUUCCCACCCCCCUAAUCCCCUCCAUCACCUGGUCUAGGCGACGGGGAAUCGGAUCAGUUGAUCCAAUAACCGAAGCUUGCCUCGGGGGGGUCUCACGGCUGGGCGCGCGAACAGGUGGAGCGAGCAGCAGUGUUGCCCAUGCCCAUGCCCAUGCCCAUGCCCACGCCCGCGCCCAAGCACAUGCUCAUGCUCAUGCCCAUGCCCAUGCCCGAACUUGCAGCCCAAGUACAAACUGGAACCAGUUGACCGUGUGUUGUUUGCAGGCGACCCAACGCCCUUCACUCCAGACCAGUUGGGCCGUCCAGGUGCUACACGCC